AUGACAUUGCUGAUGUCCAUGUCAAUACGUGGCCGGCGCCAAAUCCGGAUAAUAAUCGAGCUCACGCUGCAGCAACGUCAAGCAGGGCCGAAUUUGGGCAUGCUUCAACGGGAUCUCGCGCCCUCGCCCGGAAUUGUGUCCGCGCCUCGUCUACUCCAUCGACUAGGGCUAUACCACUUGCCCAUGGUCCAGCAUACCACGCACUGCUUGUCAUCAUGCUCAUACUCGGCGCUCAGCCUCCACUCAACAAGCACAACCUGCGAGAAUCUGCUCCGGCAGCACGGACACCCAGAUCUGAGCUUACUUGAGCAGGAAUAUCGCCGAGUGGAGAGUGCCGUCCGUCGAAUCUUGUCCAGCUCUUGGCACGACGGUAACGGCGAUGAUAACGACGACGACGACAACGCUGGCAUAGGUCUGCGAACAGACAGGAAUGGGCCAUCGUUGUUGUCGGUGUUUGCAGAUCCUUCCUUCGAUAUCGAAACCCUCCCACAAGAACCUAUUAAAUCGACUUCGGCACAACAUCAGGCCUCCAUACAGCCAUCGCCAGCGCAUUCUAGGGAUCCACAAUGCGCCUAUACCCCUCUACCGGCCUUCUAUAUUUACUCCCCAUCUUUUGAUCUAGAAGCGCAUACAGGGCUGACGCCGCUGGAUCCUCGCGCUAAUGGGGGCAUCAGCAUGCCGGAAAAAGCGGCUUACCUCCACGGACCCCCUUGGAUGGCGUCCGUGCAAUCUGGACCCCCUCAGAUCAACGGAGAGGAAGUAUGUGAGAUUUUGGGACGGGAUCGUGCAGAGGAGAGAGUGGAGGAAGACGACGAUGAAGAGGACGUGGUGGAUGCGCUUGUGCGGCGCUGGACGACGGUCGAGCUGUGA